GCUGCCAGUCGUGAAACUCCCAGCGUUCCUCCUUACGCUAGUACAUGCCCCAAGUCGAUGUAGCUUAAGGAGGCCUACGCCUCCACGGGGAGAACAAUUAGCCAAUUUCAAUCCACGGCCCAAACCAAAGAUCGCUCCACUACAGGAGUAUGGCGUGUGCCGCCAUUCAGGGGGCAGCUUGUAAACUCGUUGCCGAAUUGGAACGGGAACUAGGAGAACUUUCACAGAUAUAUAAAGGUCGUAUGACCACAUGAAAUCACACAUCCAUCCCACUCACUGAACGUCAUGACAAAACGUAUCCUCUUUGUUUUUACAUCUGCGAACCGCACAUUAACCGGUGCCAGCACGGGAUGGUACCUUCCUGAAGCUGCUCAUCCUUACUACGUCCUCGUGCCCCAUUUUGCUAUCGAUUUUGCUUCCCCCGAGGGCCCUAAUCCGCCUGUGGAUGAAUACAGCGUCCAGACAUUCCCAGACGACAUUCCCAAAUUCCUUGAAGAUCCUGAGGUCCAGAAAAAGCUCUCGACCGCUAAAAAGCUCUCUGAGGUUAAGCCCGAUGAUUACGAUGCGGUUUUCUACGUAGGGGGCCAUGGACCCGUCUUGGAUCUGGCAGUGGAUCCCACCAAUAUCCACCUCGGAUCUGCAUUCUACCGUGCUGGGAAAGUGGUCGCCGCUGUUUGCCACGGACCAGCUGCCCUUGUUGGCGUGACUGACAACUCUGGCAAAUCCAUCUUCGCCGGCAAACCUUUCACCGGCUUCUCGAACGACGAGGAGGAACAGAUCGGCAAGGUGAAGGAUCUACCCUUCUUGUUGGAAGACAAGAUAUCUAGUCUUGGGGGCAAAUAUGAGAAAGCAGCGGAACCCUGGGGGGCCAAGGUCGUCGUUACUGGCAACCUGAUCACAGGGCAAAAUCCGGCUUCAGCUUAUCCGGUCGGAGAAGCUAUGCUCCAGGCCUUGCAGAAAUAGUGUGCUACUGGUAAAAGCAGGAUCGUCCUGAAAACGUUGUCUCUCAAUUAUCAAUCGUACCUUGCAGUAUCAACAAGACCUCAAGAGAUCAAAGAAAAUAUUAAAAAUU